AUGGCCACAACUAAAGCGGGCGGUAAAUUAAUGAAAAAUCUAUUAGCCGAAAUCAGAAGAAAUAGCUCCGAAGAAAAUUUUAUGAAUUCGCUUCCUGCUAAGUACAUCAGUUCACAAUUUAGAAAGUUUGAAACCACACAACAGCAACAUUGUAGAGCAAGAGAGGAAGUACAGUUCAUAGGGGAAACGUAUUUAUGUUACCUUGAAUCCAUUCGAAAGCUGAAGGAGAUCAACGCGCAUUAUACUGGUCGGGGCGAGAGGAGCGUUCGCGAGACGGCCGAUAUGGUUGGAUUCAAACUUCCACACGAUCCGAAACCAUAAUUUCGAAGGAAUGAAUAUCGAUCAAUAUAUUGCCUGUUUAGAAAUCUA